UAUGUGUUAUCAUUGAUUACGCACAUAUUAAUAAAUAAAUUCACAUAGAUGAAAAGAGUCGUCUGACGUCAGCAUUGAUUGAUACUCAACAACCACACUUCCACCCCACCACUCCCUAGUGUUGCUGGGCAGCUGCGUGAGAGUGCAGUGUUCCAUAGUGAGGGUCUCACUCACUCACUCACUCAGCCAGUCAGUCAGUCAGUCAGUCAGUGUGUAACACCGUCUGUCCGACUGACUAGAGCCAGAGGAGGAAGGCAGCUACAGCUGCAGUACCGAGCACAGCUAUCUGCAUGCGACCUAUCUCUGGAUUGGCCCCAGAUAUCUCCAGCGCGUCCAGCUGCUGAGAUUUGGACACGGCAGACGAGGCCGAUGACGAACACGACGCCACUGCGCACGUCACCUGAUUGAUACCAUGCAUAGAUCGAUUGAUGGAUAGAUACCACACCCACGCACGAUGAGAAGGAGUGAGACAUGAGAUGCAUGUGAUUAGUCAGUCGACCCCCAUGCCUCCUGACUGACUGACUAGCUGCUGUGCUGUGCUGUGCUGUGUUUGUUGUGCUGUGGUUGCUGCCUUACGGCGAAGUCGCCUGGUGUGAAUGGGUGUGGUGAAUCAGCCCGGGCCGAUUGUGGUGCUGCAGAUGAACUACAUGGCCAUCCCUGAUCCAUCAAAGGGCAACCAAGGCCAGGAAGUACAUCGUCCAUCCAUCAACACAUGACAUGCAUGAGUGGGUGAAGUGAGUGAGUGUAUCAAUCAGUCAGUCAAUCAAUCCGAUGUGUGAGGUAGGCUAUAGGUAGGUACCUGGACGAAAAUGGGUCCAAUGGUAGCGUUGAGGGAGACGAGUGCACACCCCUGUAGCCGCACCUCCUUUGCACCCACCGGGACCUCAUGCCGGAUCUUCUGCUGGAACUCAGACAUACUCUCGAUGUGCGCCAUCCAAGUCACAGUGCUGCUCGAUGACACCACAGACUUGGGCUGACAGACAACAAACAGGUGUGGAAUUUGUCAGUCAAGGGAACCAACCACAGCACAUCCAUACAAGGUGGCCUCCUGUGCAAGCGUACGUACGCUGUGUCUGUUGUGUCGCCGAUCGGAUCGUCUGUGGUGCUUGGAGCUGCCGCUGUCUGGUGAGGGCAGGAAGUCCUCCUGUUCCUGUGUUGGGUCCACCGAGAGGACAGUGGCGACGGCCUCACUGCUGUUGCCGAACGGUGUGUCCUGGGGUGGACCCUGCUGAUGGGGCUGCCCCUGCGAUGGCCGCAUGCACUCACACAGCACAUCCUGCAUGUGGCCAACACACCAACCAAACACGCAGCAGAAAUGAACAGCUAGCUGCACCAAUCAGGGUGUAGGAAGGUAUGAGUGCCUCCAUGCUGGGGCAGGCAGCGGAUGGCCGGCUUGCUUGCUGACCUUGCUGAAUGAUGACGGAAUGCCAUCGUCAUCGUCCUUCUCCUCUUCCUUUUUCUUUCCCUCCUCCUCGCUGUCGUGGUCCCUGCCGACUUUGAGUGUCAUGCGAUGUCGCCUCCACCUCUUGCGCUUGCGGCCAUCGUCCGGACCUUCCUCCUCCUCAUCGGUGAGGCCACACUCGGCCUGGCCGCUGCCAUCGAUAGGCGCCCUCGUGCACACAAAGUGCCCUCCGUCGAUUGUCUUGAGUGUGGUGCACUUGUCAGUCUUGGUGGUCUCGGUGGCCGGGGCGCAGCACUCCAUGUACUCGUCGGUGCACGUAGCCACGCCGCCUAUGUCGGUCGACAGACCACCCACAAGCGAAAGGAAUCCUGAGGGAGUCACAGUCGCAACACACAACACAAAACGUGACCAACAGGAACAGCGCAGCGCAGCCAAGGUGUCAUUCAGUGAGGGACCACUGACAGACUCACCGCGUGCCACUGGUGCGAUGGCCUGGAAUGCUUGGCUCGCUGUCCCUGCCAGACCGCUCAAGCCACUGAGGCCGCCCCCACCCCCACCUCCACCCCCACCCCCAUUGGCCAGACCGCCCGCUCCGAGACCCCCGAAGAAAUCUCGGUCCCGACCACCACCCUAAUGAGUUGAUUCAUGCAUGGGACCAAUCAGGAAGCCAUCGUGUAUGCACCUGGCCUGCCUGCCUAGUGGAGCCCCUGGCCUACCUCGUUGUUCCUCCUGCGUCUUCCCGAGAGGGGCCCUCCACCGCCGAGGGGCCCCCCACCGCCCCGUCCCCUCCUCUCCGAAGAUGAAGACGACGAAGACUCGCCAUACGGCGAUGCACCUCGAGCUGCACUCCGCCCUUGCUGCGCCUCAGCCUGACACCACACAUCCACGCACACAAGUGCACACAUGCUCUCGCCGCUUCUUUGGCAGGCAGAGGGUUUCGUAGGCAUCAUUCAUUCAGGUGCUCACCGAGUCUGGGAAUACGAUUCGUUGUCCCGAUGGGAGUGUGAAAGAACCGCUAUUGUUGUCUGUUGACGUCUGGGGAGACUGGGCAGUGGCAGGCGGGGCCCCGGGGAUCGCAGGAGCGGGAGAGCCACCGCUGCCACUAGUCCAACCCCCACCGGGCGUGGGUGGAUGGACAACCCCACCAACGGGGGCUGAGGGCGAGGCACCCCCACCAACAGGGUACUGGGGAGCAGUAGCAGCAGGGGGGGACUGGGGGGCAGCAGCAGGAGGAGGGCGGGCUGCUGCUGCAGGGCUGCUACUCCCACUCUCUCCCCCGGACUCGUAUUGCAGCGCAUUGGUGUCGUCCGCAUUGUUGCCUCGCGGCCGACGAUCCACUGGCUGCAGCGCCUCCGGGGCGGCCGGCCGGCCACUGCCUCUGUCGUCACUUGCAGCAGCUCUGCUGGUCUCGCCGCCGCUGUUGGUGCGCGUCGGGGGCGGGGGUGGGUCCUCGUCAUCCACAGCCUGGCUGCUGCUCAUCAGCGUGGGGCCCGCUGUGUCGAGCGCCUUAGUAAGGGCGUGCUGGGAAUCGAGGAGACCACCCGUGCGACACCUAUAAUCCGGGUAUUCGUACGCACCACAACCCCACAUGCGCGGACGCUUUCUUGCAGCCGGGUGGUUGCGUGUUAUGUGUGUGUGGGGUUCGCUUACUUGCCCUUGAGUUUGGCCAUGGGUCUUGCCGUGUCGAGUAUGAGGUCCCUCAGCUCUGCCGAUGAGAGUUUGGGGUUCACGCCCUUGAGCAUGGCUGCAGUGCCCGCCGCAAAGGGCGAUGCCAUCGACGUGCCGGACUGAAGACGAUAAACACCACUCCGCCAACUAGAAAUGAUCUCCGUCCCUGUGACAGAUGCAAUACACACACCCAUAUCCACCCAUUCCCCCGGCUGUGCAGGAAGCCAUUGGUCAUGCAAUCCUUUGUGUACCUGGUGCGGCCACAUCGACAUUGGUUCCCCAGUUAGAGAAGGCUGACAAGUCGCCCUCCCGGGUCACACUCGUCACGCUCAAGAUGUUGGACAGCUCGUAGGCAGCUGAUGCGACCGAGACACAUGAAUGAUACAGCAGACAUCCGCAGCUCCUCAUCUAUUCCUGGUGUGUUGGCUUAUGGACCUCUCCCACAUACCUGGGUAGUAGGGUGCCGUCAGGGAGGAUUGUCCAGUGUUCCCAGCGGAUGUGACGAGCAGGCAGUCCUUCCGCUGGGCGGCCCUCACGGCCUCAUAAAGCGCACGCAGGUUCUUCGUACCUGGUGCACGGCGCCAACCAACAAGCAGUGUGUGUACUGGACACCGGGAGUGGCUUGAUCAUGUGCUCACCUCCCCAGCUGUUGUUGGUGAUUUUGACGCCCAUCCUCAGGGCGUAGUCGAGGGCCCGGACCGCAUCGGACACGUGGCCCAAACCAUCCUUGUCCUGAUGGUGGAUUCAUGAAUCGAGAAACGAGACACAAUGCAGAGAGAAUCGAGAAUCGUCUGUACGACGUCCCUAUCCCAUCGCCGACGCAAGUGCUUGCUUACAAGGAACUUGAGUGCCAUGACUUUAGCGUUUGGCGAGAUGCCAGCGACACCUUCGUGGUUAUUCCAGUUGGCUGCGAUGGAACCUGCCGAGUGAGUCCCGUGGCCGUUCUCGUCACGCACAUCCGGAUUCUCAUCAAAGAAGUUCCACUGCAUCCACCAUGUGACACGUGCAAUACAAGCACUCAGUUGAUUGGAUCGCAGAGGCCAGCUUGCCAAUUCUUGCUUACGCCGUAGUAGUCAUCCACAAAACCUGACGCGAAACAGAAGGACCAGUCGCAUACAUCACGAAGAAUGAGUUGACUAUGACAUGGAUGUCUGCAUCGCAUCACUCACCGUUGCGAUCGUCAUCGAUUCCGUUCCCUGGGAUCUCGUCGGGACUGCCAGUGACAGGGAGCACAGCGGACGCCACAAGUGUGGUGCGCAGAUGUGUGUGUAGGUCGGGUCGGGUGGCUCACUUGGUCCAGAUGCGAUGUUGCAGGUCAGGAUGGUCUACGUCGACUCCCGUGUCGAUGAUGGCCACUAUCACCUCCUCUCUGUUGGCCUCGUUCUCGUUGGCCACACGCCACCGCUCAAAUAUCUCCCACGCAUUGGUCGCACGAAUGUCCACGCCCUCGGGGUUGGCGAGACCCCACUGGCGAUCGAAAUAUGUGUCGUCGGGACGAAUGCCUGCACCAAGCAGACAAGGAAGGAACGAUGAUUGACCGAUUGGUCGUCUGCAAAGAUCCAUGGCGCCGCUUGUGGUGUUUGUUUGCUACCGGUGGUGGCUUGGAGGGCCUGGAGCAUGCCCGAUUGAGAGGGGUGCGUCCUGUAAGGCAGAUGAAUGGGUGAGCUGGGCGCAGCGGUGCCGUUGGUUUCUCCAGAUAGAGUGGACGGCAGGAUGGGCCCGGACGCACCAGACGGCAGCCCGAUCGACACCUCAUCUGAGCCAUCAUCGUCUUCUUCGUCAUCCUGCUCGUCAUCAAGCCCUCCGUCACCAAGAAUUGACACCUGCAUAUCAUAUGCGAGGACGGCCAUCACACAGUGCAGUGCACGGAGUCCCUCCCUCUGCAUUCGUGGGAUGUGAUGUCGUCUCUCCGUACCAGUUCGUCUUCUUCGGCGAAGUAUCCCUGGGCGGAGAGGAGCUCCACCAGGUCUCCUAAAUCCUGCCCUUCAGCCAAGUCCACUAUCUCAAGAUCUGCACAACACACACACCAGGACAUCCCAGGCAGGUGCAAACGAUCACCGCAUCGACCGAGUCGACCUGUGUGCCCCCUGUCUGUUGCUGCCGCACUAACCAAGUGUAUCGAGUGCUGUGAUUUUGGCCACUCCCAUAUCUGCCAGCAAUUCCCUCGGCUCAUGCUGCAGUCGCCGCCGUUCGCGACCAUGACCUCCAAGCUCGCCCUCUGGCGAGUGCCGGUAGCCCACAAUCAGCUUCUUUGGCGGUCCAGGGGAGGCACUCCUCGAAGCUGCCAGUGAGUUCAGUGGGAACACAAACGGAGAGGAAUCGAUCACAGGCUGUGGUCAUUCAGAUGGUUUCCUCACCUUUGGGGGGUCGCUGCGCAGCGGGGCCGCCGGCCUCAUCCACCGACACUGCAGUAGAAGGCACCCGUACACACAUCAAAGUGCCUCUCCCUCCCUGUGCGGCGUGUGUGUUUCACCUGGCUGUGAGAGAGCGAGCUCGAGGAGCAGUAGUGUGUUCAGCAGCAGCACAGCCAGCAUUCCGUACGUAUCAACUGUACACAGCCGUGCGAUGAAAGACAGAUGCGAUCAACAACACAUACACAGACAGACAGACAAAAAAGCUUCCAGCUGCACACUAGCCUAUCGACAUGACUGAAAAAGGCGGAAUGAGCAAACAACAGGCCCUCCGGGAUGAAAUCAAGC